AUGCUUCAUCAAGUAUGUGAUGCAUGUGUACAUCAACAUAUUGUAUCAGCCCUUGAAUCAUGUUUAAUAAGUUCUGUAACAUGUCCGCAAUUGGGUUGUCGUGUUAUUAUUUCACCGUCUGCUAUAUGUGAUAUUUUAUUAAAAUAUAACAAUCAUAAUUUAUUAAAUAAUUAUUUACGUAAACAAGAUUGUAAAGGAUCAAGUGACGAGUGGGUUCAACGUUUUACUUUACGAUGUCCAAGUUGUAAUGUACCAAUCCAAAAAAAUGGGAGUUGCAAUCGAAUGCUUUGCAGUCGAUAUUCAGAAGCAAGUUUAUGCAACGGUUUGAAAUAUAAAUGUGGUGCAAAAAAUUGUGUUGGUGAAUCAAAAUUUGACUUUUGGCAUGAUUAUAUCAAAGAAAAGAUUAGAAAAUUAGGAGAAGAACAAAUAUAG